CACGAAGGUUAGGUUCCGUUCCGGGCAGCACUGGUAAUUGUAUUCCGCCGUCUUGUGUUCUCCCAGCAUCCAGCUCUGGGGUUGCAAGUCAUGUUGGUCUCGCGCUUACUGUCACCAGGUCGCUCGCUGGCUUGGGCGAGACAGGCAUUGCCCAGGGGAAAUCGCACGACCAUUGGAUCCAUACAAACACUUCGCGCUCGAAACUACGCACAGUUUCAUCCUCAAGACCCCCUGAACUUGGACUCCCUACUUACCGAGGAAGAGAUUGCCGUACGGGACACUGCUCGCGGGUAUUGCCAGGAGAACCUCUUGCCUCGCAUUCUGGAAGGAUGGAGAACGGAGCAGUUUAAUCAUGAUAUCCUGCCUGAAAUGGGCGGACUCGGUCUUCUCGGUCCUACUAUCCAAGGCUACGGUUGCGCCGGAGUCAGUUACGUGGCAUAUGGGCUUAUUGCUCGAGAGAUCGAAAGCGUGGACUCGGGGUACCGCUCGACGGCUUCUGUACAGUCCUCCUUAGUCAUGCAUCCCAUUCACGAAUUCGGCACAGAAGCUCAGAAAGAGCGAUAUUUACCCCGUCUAGCAAAGGGAGAAAUUAUUGGCUGCUUCGGAUUAACUGAACCGAAUCACGGUUCCGACCCCGCAGGCAUGGAAACCAGUGCUGAUGAGACAGAUGGAGGAUUCGUACUAAAUGGGAUCAAAACCUGGAUAACAAAUGCCCCCGUAGCCGACGUUUUCAUUGUCUGGGCGCGCUGCAAAUGGGAUGGAAGAGUCCGUGGGUUCAUCCUCGAGAAGGGUAUGAAAGGGCUGGAAGCCCCAGUAAUUAAGAACAAAAUUGGUUUGAGAGCCUCCCUCACAGGGUCUAUAUUUAUGGACUCGGUUGAGGUUCCUCAUGAUUCGCUUUUGCCCAAAGGACAGGGUCUCAGUGCCCCAUUUUCCUGCCUGAACAAUGCUCGCUAUGGUAUCUCAUGGGGGGCUAUGGGUGCAUUAGAGGAUUGUGUCAACAGAACACUUAACUAUGCUCUUGAGCGUAAUCAGUUUAAGCGCCCUUUGGCUUCUUUCCAGCUCGUGCAGAAGAAACUUGUUGAUGCUCAGACUGAAGUUGCUCUGGGCUUGUUGGCAAGUUUACAGGUUGGCAGAUUAAAGGAUGCGGGCAAGGCUGCACCGGAGAUGAUUAGCAUGGUGAAACGCAAUAAUUGUGGCAAGGCCCUCCAGCAUGCGAGGGUGGUCUUGGACAUCCUCGGUGGAAAUGCAUCCUCCGACGAGUAUCACGUUGGUCGACAUGCUGCAAACCUGCAGAUCGUUAACACCUACGAAGGAACUCAUGACAUACACAGCCUUAUCCUGGGUAAGGCAAUGACUGGUAUUCAGGCUUUUGCCAAUUAGUUUUGUCCUUCUCAUGGCCACUUGCCGUCGCGUGGAACUCGGGACUUGUACACUAUGACAUUGCAAAUUCACACGUUUGACUAGCUCCACGGCGUUGGCUCUUGGAAUGUUGGUG